AUGCCAAAAAAGGUCAUGAAAGAAAUUCAAAGAAUUUGCAGGAAUUUCUUAUGGUCUUGGUCUGAUGCAGAGUCAAAGAAAGCCUCAGUUGCUUGGGAGUCUAUGUGUCUUCCUAAGAAUUGUGGUGGAUUGAAUCUUAAAGAUCUAACUGUGUGGAAUAAAUCAGCCGUAAUCAAGCAUUGUUGGGCUCUUGCCAUGAAACAGGAUAGGCUGUGGAUUAAAUGGAUACAUGUGUAUUAUGUUAAGAACAAGGAUUUUUGGUCCAUGGAUAUUCCUGAAGGGUUGACAUGGUCUUUAAGGAAAGUUUGGGCUAGUAGGGAAAUUCUGACUGAUGUUGGUGGUCCUGAUCAGUUUGUGCAUGUGGGAAAAUCCAGUAUUCAUAAGAUGUACAAGCAUCUAAGGCAACAAGGUAGUUCUGUGAUCUGGAAAAGGAUAAUAUGCAACAGCAAGGCAAGUCCAAAGGCUACCUUUGUAGCCUGGUUAGCUCUUCAGAACAGGUUAGCCACAAAAGAUAGGCUGGUGAAAUGGAAUUUACAAAUUGAGAAGUGUUGUUACUCUAAAGCAGUCUGGAAUGGAGUCUUGGCAAGAAUUGGUGAAGCUUAUUCAGGGAGCAAUUGGCAGGAUGUUUGUCACUGGGCAGCAAAGAAGAGUAGGAGUAAAAGAUCAAGAGCUAAAGUUUGUAGUUGUGCCUUCACUGAGACUGUCUAUGCAAUCUGGUUACAGAGGAAUGCUAAGAUUUUUAGGAACACUCUUGAUCAGAGUGAAGUUGUAAUUAGUAGAAUGUUGUUUCAUAUUGCUUGUAGGAGUGAUGACAGAAUGAAGGUUUUCAUUCAGUAG